AUGUUCACUGCCCGCACUGCUCUGACGCGCUCGCUCGCUGCUGCGUCCUCGGUCGCUGCGUCUGUGUCGACCAAAACUGCUCUGCGCGCCGCCACCCGGCCAUCGCUGACGGCUGCCCCUGCUGCGACCGUUCCGAGCGCGCGCCGCUUCUACCACGAGAAAGAUAAGUGCCUCACUGCUGCGACUUCCCGUGUGCCAAACCGACCUCCACCCAAUCCGGAUCCCUCGGUUGGCUCGGGCCUCGUCGGCGCCCCUGCCUGCGGCGAUGUCAUGAAGCUCGAUAUCCGUGUCGACCCCGUCACCAACAAGAUUAUCGAGGCCAAGUUCAAGACGUUCGGCUGUGGCUCGGCUAUUGCCAGCUCCAGCUACCUGACCACCCUCGUCCACGGCAAGACGCUGGACGACGCUGUCGCUAUCAAGAACUCGGAAAUCGCCUCGGAGCUGUGCCUGCCCCCAGUCAAGAUGCACUGCUCUAUGCUUGCUGAGGAUGCCAUCAAGGCCGCCGUCGCCGACUACCGCAGCAAGCGUCCCGAGACCAGCCUGAGCGGCACCGGCAAGACCCUGUCGCAGGCACAAGCCGCACCGCAGCAGGCCGCUGCCCACGCGUAG